AUGUGCCAAGGAUAUGACUACGAAUGCGAAUAUGAAAGUGGAUCUUCCAAAUUAUCCGCAAAGAGGCCAGCAGUCUCUGAAGAAUCGUUAUCGCGUCCAGAGGAGAAAGUGGCACGACUGACGUCCCCGCAUUCCACCUCCAAACAGAAUACGGACUCGUCAAUUCUCCCGGGUAUUCUCGAGCCAUCAAAAGCCAGAUAUGUGGGGAGAUACUCGUCUAUUGCCUUUCCUCUAUAUGUAGGGCUGGAAGUUCAGGCGACAAAGCUGCCGCGUCUACACUCGUUUGCAUAUCACUCGGGCAUCCGCAAAGAGCCGCCUUGUGCGGUCACCCACAAGAUAUCGGAGAAAGUCUCAUGGAACGCGACGAGGAGUCUGAUUGAAGUCUACAAAGCUACCAUUCACCCCGUCUUUGGUUUUCUCGACAUGGAUCAUUUCUACACACUCUGUGAGAAACACUGGCACGGUCAACCACAAGACAUGGUUUUCGAGGCUAUGGUCAGUGGAGUUCUGGCUUUAUCUUCCUUGUUCAAUGGUAAUCUAGACCAGGACGUGGAAAUGUGGUUAAUGCUACAUGCAAAAGAAAUACUCGAAGAUUGUUCAAUCAGCCGCUUCCCUUCCCUAGAACAAAUUGCGGCGUGGAUUCUACGAGCCAUAUAUAUUCGCUGCACCGGGCGGCCGCAUGUCGCUUGGCUGACGAGUUGCACCAUCAUGCAUCUUGUUGAAGCAACUGGCUUACAUCAUGCCUCUGAGUUCAUGUCGCAGAUGACGGGAAGUGUAGCUCCAAGUCCGGAGAUCUCGAGCACCGCUAUCCGAACUGCUCAAGUAGCCACUUGUCUUCAUAUCGUCAUUGCGUUCGAGUAUGGCAGAUCAAUUAUGACCGUGAACCGCCAGACUCUUGAACAACCUCUACCAGCAAUCCGCGAAGACGAUUUGACUCAUCAGUUGUGUGCCCUUGUUCUGGCUCUACCUGUGACUCAGAUAACUGGCGACUCGGCUGGGAUGGCAGAAGAGCUAUCUGCUGCCCUUGAACAAGUAGUCAAUGCUCCAGUCGGCCAUGACUUUCUACGCCUACUAAGGGCAGAUCUGGCUCUAGGCGUAUACCGACGCCUUAGAAUCAUGGAUUCAAAAUCUCAGCAAAUGCACAACGACCGCGUGAUUACCGUCGGCACGGCAGCACUGCCCGCGGCCCGAAGGCUGGUGAGUCAAGGGCAGCCAUGGUGGAAUGUCAUCGGAACUACAUUCCAAUUUGCCUGUGCGCUCCUCGCAAUGGACACUACUUCUGGCUGUGAAAGGCUCGUGGAAACGAUGGACAGUCUGGAAUUUGUCGUGGAUCAAUUGAACACUCACUUGGCUAGAGAAGCCUUGUCGACCGCCCGACAGCUUGCUCGAGCAUCAUUGGACAAAAAGAGAAAGGGCGUGGAGGCCUUAGAACGUGUUGUUGGACCUCCUUUGCCAGACCCUUCUGCCGCUCAGAAGGAACCCCAAACACCUCAGGAUCUUUCAGCACUAAGCCCAUCUCUGGACCAUCAAUUUUCCUUUGAUCUUGACUCUCUAUGGGCCAUGGAGUUUCAACUCCCAUUAUGA